UCCUCUGAGAAUAGUCAUGGGAGGUGAAGAUACUUGGAGAACCGCCAUAGCUCUGGUACCUCCAAGGGCAGCUCCUCUUAAUCAAAAUGCAGAGAAAGAAGAUGUUCAAUGGAGCAGUAACUUCAACAACUCUGUCAAUGCUGUGUACAUGGGUUUUGUAGCUACUGCCAUCCUCAUAUCCAUGUUUAUUAUUAUGGCGAUUUUUGAGAGAUUCUUCAGGAGGUCCAGACCAACAUCACAGCCCAGUGAUACUGCUCGGACACAAUUCAGCUACGAUAACAAUCCCAAGCUUGAUCACAACUCUUCCAAAAUUACAAAUUAUGCUAGAGAAGUAUCUGUAGUGAUGCCGGGGGAAAAUACUCCUACCUUCAUUGCACACCCUGCCCCACCUCCAUGUCCUCGUGAGCAUGUCACUUGGCCUCUCCACUCCAUCAACGCAAGCCAUGCUUCAACGUCGACCCCAACUCCUGAAGCUAAAUUCUGA